AACACCUCAACAUCUCUAAAAUGUAGACAAUCAUUUUCAUCAUUUCUCUUGAACAGCAUUUGUGAUAAAAUCGUUUUCUAGUCAUUCUCAUUUCUAUUCACCAUCAUUAACCAUCAACAUUGAAAGUGUUCAUUAGCUAAACAAUUAACUGUAAUUUUGUUUUUCUUUUCCUCUGUUAAUCUCCAACCGGUAGAUUAUCCCAAAUGGAAAACAAAUCUCGCCUUUAAACCUUUCAAAUUGCAUUUUCUUACUUUAUUUUCCUUUGUGUUUGUUAUUGUUUAUUUUUUCAUUUUCUAAUUUCUAAUUAAUUCACCAUUUAACUGUGGAUAAUUUAUCAUCAUCUUAAUGAUAUCCAUCGUUUAAUUAUUCUCUUGAUUGUUUUUCCAAUUGCGAAAUAAUCGAAUCUCUGUUUUUCUCAUUCUAAUUGUGGAAAUAUUUUCUAUUCUCCUGAGUGAUAAUUAGCAACCAUUUUCUCCAAUUUAUAAUUACAAUUUGUGAUUUAUUGCGUAUUCGUAAUGGCGAAAUAUCCUCAACAAUUUAAAUUAAAUUCCAAUUUAAAACUGCAAAUGAAGAGAAAAGUGUUCACCUUCACUCGAUUAUUUUAAUAUCUUCUUCGUCUUCAUCAUCUUCUUCAUCUGUUGUUGUUGUUAUUGAAUCUUCUUCUUCUCUCUCUCAUCAUUUUCUUCACUUGUCUAAUUUUCUCUAUUCAAUUUAAUCAUCACUGAUUCUCUCAAGUCAAUCAAUCAUCAAUCGGAUUCUUUUUCUACGAGAGAGAGAGAAAGAAAAUAAUAAAAAUAUUCUUUUUUUUUGUUCCAUCAACAGAUAAUCUUUUCUGAUUUUCUGCUUCACCCUGAUAAUCAUGUUGUUCAUCAGAAAACAAUCAUCUUCAAAUACUAACCAACAUCAUCUUCUCAAAGCAUCUUAUGGUUUCAUCAAAUUACAUUCAUUCUAAGUGAUUAUCUAAAUUUCAGUUAUCUAAGUUACUUUAAUCUCUAAUCUGUAAUCUUCAUCCUCAUCUUAAUCUUUGCUUCUCAAUAUAAUCUCAACAUCAAUUUUCCUCGUGUAUUCUUAUGGUUACUACUAAUCCAAGAUCUUUACUUGAUGGGUUAAUCGAUGAACCAGAUUCGAUAGAGAAACUUAAAUAUCCUCAACUCUUUUAUAUUGAUCAGUUUAAAUGGAAUCAAUUCUAUCAAACAUAUGAUGAUGAUACAAUUUCUAUUGAUAUUAAUCAUCAUUGAGCAGAGAUAACAUCGAGAAUCAGCUCCUCAAUCAAGUGUUUCCUUCUCUCUCUCUCUCUCUCUUUUCAUUAUUUUUUUUUCUAUUCUAAAAUUGUGUCUCAUCAAAAUGUGUAAAUAAUUUACUUCAGUUACUAUUUUAUUGAUAGUGAAUAUUUUUCAUAUAUGUGAUGCCGGUGAAUGUUAUUAAUCACCUGAGAAAUAAUCAACUAAAUGCCAGGUAUCAUUGUGUUCAAAAGACGUUGGAGUAUUGGCUCUGAUGAUCUAAUUGUACCUGCACUUAUCCUGUUCACUGUUCAUAUUGUCUGGUUAAUUGUUCUUUCAUUGAUUCUGGUAUCCGGAGAGAAAAGAGAAUGGCGUUUACAAUGUAUGAUCGAUUUACACGAACAUAUUAUCGGCUAUGCCAUCAUCCUAAUCGGCUGUCUAAUUGUCGAGCUCUUUAUUGCUUGGGUCAGUUCAAGAGGAACCAUUUUGGAUACCGAACCUCGAUCAUCAAUGCAGUACCUUCUCUAUGUAAGAUUAGGGAUUCUGGUGAUUGAAAUUUUCUGGCUCAUCAUGGGAAUCUACUGGAUUAGACAGCACUAUGAUUCCUGUACACCAGGAUUUCCCAGAGAUGCCAUUCUAGUUAUCAUCAUAUGCAAUUUUUGUAUAAUUGCUUCAGUUUUUAUCACAAUUUGGUGCACCUUUGAUACUGCUGGACGUUCAUGGGUCAAGAUGCAACGAUAUCAGAAUAGCCUCAAGGAUGGACAAAGCAAAUACAGGUACAAGAGAUCGGGUAACUCUCAUCGUAAUUGGCGUCACAGGCAAACUCCUGAGCUUUUAGAUCUGAAAAGGAAAGCGAUGAGACAAUAUCAGGAUAGUUGGAAUCGUCGGUGUGAAUUAUUAUUUUGUUGCCUUGGUAAAUCUGAUAGGCGUCAGAAUUCUUUUACAGAAAUUGCCAAAUUAUUAUCAGAAUUUUUUCGUGAUUUGGACGUGGUGCCUUCCGAUGUGAUCGCAGGUCUCAUAUUGACUCGACGACAGCAGAAAAAUCAAAGUUCAUUGGUUGUUCGUGAAGAAGCCAAUAAAACUUAUCAAUUCCUUUCCGGGUUACCCAUAAGUCCGGAAACGCGAUUCUUGGAUGUGACCCACUAUGCGGUUGUCCAAGACAUUAGAACACUAAUACAUUAUCUUCAUUAUGCCAUAGCGAUUUACGGUUGGCCCAUUUAUCUGAUGGAAAACAAAGCGUUCGGAUGUUUUCAGCUUUGUCCUUAUUUAAGAUGUUCAACUUGCUUUUCAUCACCAAAUUCAUCCUCAUCCUCAUCAUGUUUCAAUCCCUUUUGUUGCUGUCCACUACUAAAUCGUUCAACGUCAACGGUAACUGUAACUACUACGACAACAACAACGGUCACCAAUCAAAUUGAACGUAAAUUAUCAGCCUCAUCGACAAGUCCUCGUCCCUCAACAACUUCACCCAUUUCUGAGCCCAUGAUAUUGGGUGAUAAUUGUUGUGGAUGUAAUUAUGCUGCUCUCCAAAAGAUUUGUCAAACUCAUAAUUUUGAAAUAAUUUACGCAACUUAUCAUGUUGAAAUCGCUGAGCCGCCGUUUUUUGUGGCCCUUGACUAUGAUAAACGGACCAUUGUUGUUACCAUUCGAGGUACUCUCUCCCUACAAGAUGUGAUCACUGACCUGAACGCUGAAGGUGACCUAUUACCGACCAAUCCUGUUCGUGAUAAUUGGCUUGGGCACAAGGGGAUGGUCGAAGCGGCUGUUUAUAUUAAGAAAAAGUUGACCGAUGAAAAAAUUUUGGAACAAGCGUUGACCCAUAAUCCCUGUAAAGGAACUCAUAAUUAUUCACUAGUCCUUGUUGGCCAUUCCUUGGGUGCGGGUACUGCGGCCAUUCUGGCCAUUCUACUUAAAGAAACUUAUCCCGAUCUAGUCUGUUACGCUUUCUCCCCGCCCGGUGGGCUACUCUCUUUACCCGCCGUUGAAUAUACUAAACAUUUCAUCACCUCAGUGGUUUUGGGCAAAGAUGUUGUUCCAAGAUUAGGAUUACAUCAAAUGGAAACAUUAAGAUUUGAUCUAAUUAACGUAAUCAAACAAUCAAAAGACCCAAAAUGGAAAACAAUUGGAAUGGGUUUCUGUUGUUGUACACUUGCAACGGAAACGGAAACACUCAAUUCCAAGGUAACAACGACUUCCCCUGAUGGUGUUAACAAUCAAAUUAAAGAUGAUGGCAGUGGUUUUGUUAUCAAGAAAAGUGUUAAACCUUCAAAUAGUUUAGUCGGUGUUGGUCAAGAUUUAAUUUCUCAUGAUGGUAAAAGUAAAAUUAAUACAAUUAAUUGUGAUGAUAUAACAUCAAUCACAGGAGGAGAAAAGGAGUUAUCAGCUCAUCCAGAUGAUUCCUCGAUCGCUUUAACUGUUCAUCAACCUCUUUACCCUCCGGGUAAAAUAAUUCAUAUCGUUCGUAAUCAUCCAGCAAAAGAAGAUGCUUCCAAAAACAACAAUUGGAGAAAAUUUGUCGGUAAAAAGGAUUCAGUUUAUCAAGCAUUGUGGGUGGAUAAUACUGAAUAUGAUCAGAUAAUUAUCUCACCAGUCAUGAUACAAGAUCAUAUGCCUGAUAAAGUUCUGGAAGCAUUGGAGAAACUGUUAAUCACCACUGGUCCACCAAAGCCGACCCGCCGUUUAACGGCAAAUAAUAUUGACCAUAUAUCACGUCCAUUGAUGACCUACCCAAGUGGGACAAUUACACCCGAUUCAUUAGACCGAACUCCAUCUCAUAGAGUUGUAUUGGAAACAUCGUUCACCGAUUUACAACCGGUGGGUUUGGACCUUGAUGAGCCCAGAUAUAUGCCCUCCUAUUCUUGUUCAAUCCUUGGUUCAACUGGUCGGUUCACCUCACGACCUCCGACCCUGUUAACUGCCCUACGGAAAAGUCGUAAAGUUGAUCUGAUUCGAGAUGAUUGGAUUGGAAUGGCUCCUUUAGCUACUCCUGAAGCCUUCAGUGAAUCUUCAAGUAUCUCUUCUCGAAGUGCCUGUAUCAAGGGUGGAAAUGGUAUUAAUAGUAUCGGUGGAGUGGGUGAAAGGUCAACUAUUGAUGGUAGAAUUAAUCUCAAUGUCAGUUCAUUGAAAUCUUAUUCUGUUCUUGAGCAAAUUGAUCAAACUUCUUAUUACUUGUCGAUUAAACCUUCAGCUUCUUCUGGUGGUCAAACUAAUUCAACCAAUGGUGAAGAGAUUAAUUCACGAGGAGAUGAUUAUGAAGAGGAAGAAGAGGAAGAGGUUAAAGGUGAUAGAAGAGAAGGUGAAAAUAGACGAUUAAUUGUUUCACCGGGAACAUCGAAUGUUUCAAGUAAUAAUUAUCAAUCCUCUUUAACUGAAUAUCAACCGUCAACUUCACCCACUUCACCACAAUUAACAUCACCGAUUUACAUUCCAUCACCGACAGGAAGUGGACUUGAUUUAGAUCCAAAUGCUUUAUUUGAUUCGCUAAUUGCUAAAUAUGAUAAUCGUAAUAAACAUGAUGAAAUUGAAAGUGGAUGUGGAUCAUCAACCAAUGGAUUCAAUUUAGAUCGUGAAGGUUGUUCAUCUGGAGCAUCAUUUAAAUCAAUCGAUACCACCAAUGGUCAACUUAAUGAUCUUAACCACUCGGAAGGAGGUGGAGGAAGAGGUGGAAAUAUUAUCAGAGAAGAGGAAACGGAAGAUGAUGAAGUGGAAAUUGAUCUGGAUGGUCGUCGAAUCUCAUCUCGAGCAAGUCUUCUUAGUGGAAUCAGAGAGCAUCGGAUUAACAUUGGAGAGAAUGACAAUUCAACCUAUUCGACUUCGAGUAAUUAUUGUCACAGUUUGAGUAGCAUGUCGGACUCUCAGUCAUCUAAUGAAAAUCUACCACCCCUUAGGCGAUCACACGAAGAGAUUAAUUUAAAUUGUCUUGAAGAUGAUGUUCAAGUUUUCCGUCAAGAAAUCAGGACUCACCCGACAACGGCCUCGCUACGAGCUAGUGAUCACCCUGACCUUUCACCCAAAUCUCGGUUACUCUUUCAAAAGUUAAAAGUAAUUGAAUCAUCAGCUGAUGAAUUACCUGCCUGUGAUGCCUUCCAAGCUUAAUUACUGUCUCAUCAUCAAAUUACUGCAUUUAAUUUAAUUCCUGAACCAUUUUUUUUAUAUUAAGAAUCAAUAAUGUUAAUUGUAUCACUAAUCACUGAUCAUAUUUGUCACUCAAGACAAGAACCAACAAUCAGGACCAAAAACAACAGAAAUCAAAAUUUAACCGAUGAAAAGCAAAAAUCGUUUACCUUAAAACUGAUCCAAUGAAGUGAACAACAAUUAACCAAAUUAAUCAGUUAAAUUAGUGAUUAAUUUAACUGGAAAAGCUCAAAAACCAAAUGUUUCUGAUUAUCUUCAUAAUCAAUAGCUGGAUUAACUCUCGUCCAACAACAAUUUAACAACCAUGAUAACUUCAAAGUCAUGAUACAGUUUAAAAUUCAAUUGUUAAUCAAUGAACACAAUUAAUUACAAUUAAGUCUCUAGUCCCUGAAAUUAUGCUCACUUUCACCUUCUCAACUCUGUUCUUAUCUUGUUAAUUAACAAUUAACUAAUUGAAUCAUCAUCAUGAUCAGUUAUCAAUUCCAUUGAUUAUAAUCAUCAUCAUGUAAAAAUUUAAUUGUUUACAAUUUUUGCUUCCUAACCAAUUGAAAAGUGAUUGAUAAAUUAACCAAUUUUUUUGUGAUCAAUUAUCAAUGAUAAUUAACUAAUUACUUCACUUUCAAUGGAGAUUAAUGAAGAGUCAACAAUUGAUAAUUAUCACUCUGGCAGCAUUUUAAUUUGGCAAACUGUUAAUCAACUUUUUCAACAAUUAACCAGCAUAAUUAAUUUUUCUUGUUCCAAUCAUCUGAUCAACUCAAUUACCUCCCUUCCGAUUGUAAUCAACAAAUAAAUUAUAUAUUUUUAUGAACUCCUGAAAAAAAAUCCUCCAUCCAUUGACACCUAAUUUCAUAACAAUUAACUGUAUCAUCUUAAUCAUUAAUAAAGUUUAUAUUCAAACAA